AUGCCGCGUGACACUUCAGCGAGUGGAGCGUUGGUGCCGAGCGACUCGGCGACGAUGGUGGCUGCCGCGACGGCAGCGACGACGGCGGCGGGGAAGCUUCCAUUCCCGCUGCUCACGAGGACGAACUACGCGGCAUGGGCGAUGAGGAUGAAGUACCUCUUGCGCGCCAAUGGCGCGUGGGGUGCCGUUGAUCGCGAGGCCACGUCCUCGGAGGUCGACAAGGGCAAGGAGGAGAUGGCCAUGACGAUCAUCUCCCAGUCCAUCGACGACUCGACGCUGCUGCGAGUUGCGGAGAAGGAGACCGCGGCCGAUGUGUGGGCGGCGCUACGCUCCAUGCAUGUGGGCGUCGAGCGCGUCCGAGAGGCGAGGGUUCAAUCCUUGCGCUCGGAGUUUGAUGGCCUCAAGAUGGGUGAUGCGGAGUCUGUGGAUGACUUCGCAGCGAGGUUCACGACGCUCGUGGGGCUCAUCCGUGAGCUCGAUGAUCAGAUGGAGGAGAAGUACGUCGUGAAGAAGCUGCUGCGAGCCGUCUCCAACAAGUUCAUCCACGUUGCUUCGUCGAUUGCAUUGUUCGGUGACACGAACAAGAUGGCCAUGGAGGAGGCCAUUGGUUCACUCAAGGCGCACGAGGAGCUCGUCAAGGGGCGGGAGACGGCACGUGAAGAAGAGCAGCUCCUCAUGGCGAGAGGGCAUGACUCAUUGCGAGGACGCGGCCGUGGUGGCCGUGGCCGUGGCCGCGGACAUGGCCAUGGUGGAGGGCGCAGAGACAAGAGCGAGGUACAGUGCUAUAACUGUGAUGACUUUGGACAAUUUGCUUGGGAGUGUCUAGAGAAGAAGGAGAACGAGGAGAAGGCGCUGCUGGCCGGCUACGGCAGCGACGGACCGGCUCUUCUUUGA